CCUUUAAUACCUCACUCACCUGAAAAAUAAUAAAUAAUUCAUUAAAAACCAGGCUCACUCUCUCCCUCUCUUCCUCUAGCUAGCCAUGUCCAUGUCAGUCUUCAAGACGAUGAAACUUGUUCCAUUAACCGUUAAAACACUGCACCACAGGAUCAUCAGAAACACUGUAAUAGGUCCUCGAAGACAGCCACUUAUCAUUAAUCGUUCGUACUCGACAACCCCAACUGGACGAACAAAAAAGCCAUGGACAGAUGCAAUGAACGUGCUGUACAACAGAAUAUCGUCACUUGCAGAUCAAAGGAUCACCAUUUCACUAUUUCUCAAUCAAUGGGUCCUUGAAGGACAACCUGUCAACAAAAAUCAGCUCCGUGAAUUCAUCAAGGAGCUCCGGUUCCACAAACGAUAUGCUCAUGCUCUUGAGAUUUCAACGUGGAUGACUGACAGUGGGUACUUUGAACUUGCAUCACAAGAUGUCGCUGUUCAGCUGGACUUGAUCUCAAAUGUUCAUGGGAUAGAACAAGCACAGAAGCUCUUCAAUAACACUCCACAACACUUAAAAGUUCUAAAGGUUUAUAGUGCACUCCUCAACUGCUAUGCCAAAGCAAAAUUGGCGGAAAAAGCAGAGUCUGUCGUGCAGGAGAUGAAGAGCCUAGGUUUUGCCAACACAUUGUUGGUUUACAAUGUCAUCCUUAAUUUUUAUUAUCAGACUGGAAACCCUGAGAAAAUCAACAGUCUGAUGCAAGAAAUGGAACAAAAUGGUACUGGCUGUGACAAAUUUGCACAUUCCAUACAACUGAGUGCAUACGCAUCUGUUUCUGACAUUGUAGGCAUUGAGAAGACUCUGGCAAAAAUGGAAUCUGAUCCCAACGUUUUCUUGGACUGGACCUCGUACAAUGCUGCUGCAAAAGGAUAUAUAAAAGUUGGACUUGUUGACAAGGCUCUGAAAAUGCUGGAGAAAUCUGAGAGACUAGUUACAGGUAAAAGAAGGGGAACAGCAUAUGAUUCUCUAAUCACCCUAUAUGCUGCAACUGGGAAGACAAAUGAAGUCUUAAGAAUUUGGGAACUCUACAAGAAAAACGAGAAGGUUUACAAAGAUGCAUAUAUUAGUAUCAUAACCUCUCUAUUGAAGUUAGAUGACUUUGAAAAUGCAGAAACGAUUUUUGAGGAGUGGGAGUUCCAGAAUCAUUCUUGUUAUGGUAUCCAUAUUCCAAACUUCCUUAUUGAUGCCUAUUCGAGAAAAGGUCUCGUGCAGAAGGCUGAAACAUUAAUUGAUAGGGCAAUAUCAAAAGGAGGGAAACCUAAUGCAAAAACAUGGUACCAUUUGGCAACAGGGUAUCUUCAGAAUGGCCAAACUCUGAAGGCCGUGGAAGCAAUGAAGAAAGCAGUAGUGGUUUCUGGACGAAUGUGGAAGCCAAGCAAUGAAAUUUUAGCUAACUGUUUGGGGUACUUGAAAGUGGAGGGAGAUUUGGGGAAGCUGAGGAAUUUCAUGGACCUACUUAGGGAUAAUGAUAUUAUUUCGUUGGAUGUUCAAGAAAGAUUGUUGAAUCACAUUAAGAAUGCGAAGUCAAGCUCAGAUGUGCUGAGUGCUUUGAAUAACAAUUAUCUUUUAGUUAGCAGUGAUUUGGUCCAUGAUCAAGCAACUUCUUGCAGAUUUGCUGGUUGGGCCAAAAUCACUAGCCCACUAUCUUCUUUAAAACCCUCCUUGAACCCUUCUUCUCAAAUUCACAGUUACUAUUGCUAUUCUUUGCAGCAAAUGAAUCUCCUUCGAUUAGCCUAUAUAUCCUCUACUAUCAGUCGCUUGAAUCCCAAAAACGUAGUGGGCAUUCGAUUUUUUUACUCAAAAAUACAAAACCCAAGAUCUAGAGAGCCACCGUGGAAAGGCCCCUUCACUCGACUGUCACGUCGUCUUUCAAGAAUCAGAGACCACAAUGUCUCAGUGAUUCCAGUUCUCGACAAAUGGAUUCAAGAAGGAGAAACUAUUUGGGAAGAUUUAAUCCAUGCCCUAAUCAAGGAGUUACGUCAUUACAGGCGUUAUCAUCAUGCCCUUGAGAUUUCGAUGUGGAUGACUGACAAAAGAUAUCUUGCUCUGACAUCACGUGCUGUUGCAGUGCGGCUGGACUUGAUCUCGAAAGUUCAUGGGAUAGAACAAGUAGAGAACUAUUUCAAUAACAUUCCAACAAAAUUAAAAGGACUUGAGAGUUAUGGUGCACUUCUCAACUGCUAUGCCUACGUAAAAUCUGUGGAAAAAGCAGAGGCUGUGAUGCAGAGAAUGAGGGAAUUGGGUUUUGCCAGAAAACCCUUAGUUUUCACAGUCAUGCUUAACCUUUAUUACAAGACCGGGAACACUGAGAAACUUGACCCUCUGAUGCGAGAAAUGGAGGAAAAUGGUAUUUCUUUUGAUAAAUUUGCGUUUUGCAUACGUCUAAGUUCAUAUGCAGCUGCUUCUGACAUUGAGGGAAUGGAGAAGACUCUAACAAGGAUAGAAUCUGAUCCCAAUGUUGUUUUGGACUGGGCCACUUAUGCUACUGUGGCAAAUGGCUAUUCAAAAGUUGGGCUUUUGGACAAAGCUCUGGAAAUGCUGAAGAGAUGCGAGAGACUUAUUACUGGAGAAAGACGAAGUACACCAUAUGAUUACCUUAUGACACAAUAUGCCACAACUGGGACAAAAGAAGAUGUCUUGAGGGUUUGGGAACUUCACAAGAAGUAUGUUAGGAAUCGGAAAAAUAUUAGUGUCAUAACCUCUCUGUUGAAGUUUGAUGACCUUGAAAGCGCAGAGAAGAUUUUUGAGGAGUGGGAAUCCCAAAAGUUAUGUGAUGACAUCACCAUUCCAAACUUCCUUGUAGAUGCUUAUUCUAGGAAAGGUCAUUUGGAGAAGGCUGAAAUGCUUCUGCAGAGGGCAAUAUCAAAUGGUACAAAACCUAAUGCAAAUACAUGGUAUUUAUUGGCAAAAGGGUAUCUACAGCAUAAUCAAACUCCAAAGGCAGUGGAAGCAAUGAAGGAAAUGAUAGUCUUAUCUGGACCAAGGAGCAGACCCAGCACUGUAAGUUGGGUUGCCUGUUUGCAGCACUUGAAAGACUCCGGAGACAUGGAUAAUGCAGAGGGCUUCAUAAAUCUACUCAGGGAAAAAGAUAUUAUUUCUUUAGAUAUUCAAGACAAAUUAUCGAGUUAUAUUAAAGACAGGGACUCGAGGUUAGAUGCACUUGGUGUACUUAAAGGUAGUUCUUUACAUGGAAUCAACGUCACACAUGAGUUUCGAAGGCCAGAUCAGGCAGAGAAGGAUAGUAGUGAUUCGGUGUCAGGUUGAGGAAAGCACCGAGGCUUCUAGGGAGGGCUCAUAUUUCUGCCCAUAACCCUUGUCAGCUGCGAACUUUCAGACCAGAAAAGCUUCAAAAUCCGUCUUGAUCCAAUCUAAUCCAUCUAUAACAGAUACUAGUGUGUUCGUAUUGUUAGUUCUAUGCCAAUUUCUGUCAGAAGCUUGAGACAUCAGGUAAUAUGAAUUGAGAAGACAAUCAAUGUACUAUGAAGAAGACACAUAUGAUCACCAUAAAAAAAAUUAAUGAAUCUCAAAAUAAUAGAUUAAACAACUUUUUAUACAACCAAAUUCAAGGA